AUGCAAAUGAUUGCUGUUCUGCACCCAGGCACCUUGCAGCUUAGAAAACCACAGUCCCCUUGUUUUCCCAAUUCCUUCCCUCCCCCAUCUUCCAAUUACACAGUGUCUCUCUCUCUCUCUCUCUCUCUCUCUCUCUCUCUCUGCCCCACCUUUCCAUCCAGUCUACAUUGUUUGUCCUUCUCUCUCAUCCCUGACUAUAUAGUUUUUUCUCUAUCCCUCUCCCUUCUCCUGACUGCAUUCUCUCUCUCUUCUUCCCUCCCUCUGUUGGCUGCUUGCUUACUUGCACUCUCCCUGUCUACCUCCCUUGGCAGUGACUGCUUGAUCUCUCUUUCUCUCCCUCAUCCCCAACUAUAUGGUGUCUUUCUGUCUCCCUACUUCUGCCCUAACUACAUGGUUUCUUUCAUUCUCUCUCUCUCUCUCUCUCUAUCUAUCUAUCUAUCUAUCUAUCUAUCUAUCUAUCCUGCUUGGUCUCUCUUUCUGUCGCUCUGUCCUUUCUCCACUUGA